CAGCUCGCCCGACCAGACGUAAAGACUACAACGACGACCGACAGCGCACACGCAGAACCUUGACGGCCGAUUGCGACGGUGGAUUGCGACAGGCACAUCAGCAGCCCCGACGACACCAGCGACGUGCGGCGGGGUGGCAUAUAUCGGCUAGACUCUAGAAAACCCAGACCGGGGGGAGGAAGCACACCUUCGCAUCGCGGCAGGGCGGUGCCCGGAGAGACGACGACAUCCCACACCUACUGCCCGCUCCGCGCGCGAUGCAGCCAGAUAUCGAGUUGAACGUCUUGACCGGAAAGGAGGAUUCGCUGGCGCAGGGGAGCACCUGGAGCAUGCGGGAUGCGGGCUACGAUGCGCCGGGCCGGCGGCGGGGGCCGGUGUCGCCCUUCGGCCGCUGGGUCGAGGGCUUCCGGAGGGACCCCAACAGCCGAGCUAAGCGGGCGGACCACCGCCGGGACGGGAUGGGCGGUCCCAUGGACAGGAGGAGCUCGGCCGCCUCGGGGGGUCGCCAUCGCGGCGCCCACUACUUCGACCUGCACGCCGCCAACCUGGGCACCGCGAAUACCAUGCUGUCGAGGGAGCUCAAGGGGAGACACUUGCAGAUGAUUGCCAUCGGAGGCUCAAUUGGUACCGGCCUGUUCGUCGCCUCCGGCAAGGCGCUCUUCCUCGGCGGGCCGGCGUCGGUCUUGAUAGCGUAUACCUUCAUCGGCGUGAUGCUGUACUGCACCGUCCAGGCUCUCGGCGAGCUGGCCGUCGUGUUCCCCGUUGCCGGCUCCUUCUCGGCCUUCUCGACUAGGUUCCUGGAUCCGGCUUGGGGCUUUGCCAUGGGGUGGAAUUACGCAUUGCAGUGGCUGGUCGUCUUGCCCCUGGAGAUCAUGGCGGCGGCCAUAACCAUUGGAUACUGGAACGCCACCAUCGAUAGAGCCAUAUUUGUCACUAUUUUUCUCGUCAUCACCAUCACCAUCAACCUUUUCGGCGUCAAGGGCUACGGCGAGGCCGAGUUUGUCUUUGCCAUCAUCAAGGUGACCGCCGUGGUGGGCUUCAUCCUCCUCGGCAUCGUCAUCAACAUCGGCGGGACCCAGAACGAGGGGUACAUCGGCGGCAAGUACUGGCAGAACCCGGGGGCGUUCCACCACGGCAUCAAGGGCCUCUGCUCCGUGUUCGUGACGGCGGCGUUCGCGUUCGCCGGCACGGAGCUGGUGGGGCUCGCGGCGGCGGAGACGGCGAACCCGCGCAAGUCGCUGCCCACGGCGAUCAAGCAGGUGUUCUGGCGCAUCUCGCUCUUCUACAUUGUGUCGCUGACGCUGGUCGGGCUCCUGGUCCCGUACACGGAGCCGCGGCUGCUGGGGGCCAAGAGCAUCGUGGACGCGUCGGCGUCGCCGUUCGUCAUCGCCAUCGAGAGCGCCGGGAUCGGCGUGCUGCCGAGCGUCAUGAACAGCGUCAUCCUAGUGGCGGUCAUGUCGGUCGGCAACAGCGCCGUGUUCGGCAGCUCGCGCACGCUGGCGGCCCUGGCGGACCAGGGGCAGGCGCCGAGGGUGCUGAGCUACGUGGACCGGCGCGGGCGGCCGCUGGUGGCGAUCCUCGUGGCGUCCAGCCUCGGCUUCCUCGCCUACCUGACCGACAUCGACGAGCAAUCCGACGUGCUCGGCUGGCUGCUCGCCGUGUCGGGCCUGUCGUCCAUCUUCACGUGGGGCAGCAUCUGCCUGGCGCACAUCCGCUUCCGCAAGGCAUGGGCCGCGCGCGGCCGGUCGCUCGACGAGCUGGCGUUCCGGGCGCAGGCGGGCGUGGUGGGGUCGUGGAUCGGCUUCUCGUUCAACGUGCUCGUGCUGGUGUCGCAGUUCUGGAUCGCCGCCUGGCCCGUCGUGACGGGCGGGCCCGACGACCCCCGCACGCCCGGCGCCGUCGCCAAGAGCUUCUUCCUCGAGUACAUGGCCGUGCCCAUCGUCGUCGUCUUCUGGCUGGCCCACAAGCUCUGGUUCCGCACCAGCAUCGUGCGCAUCGAGGACAUGGACAUCGACACCGGCCGGAGGGACUUCAACCUGCCCAUCCUGCUGGCACAGGAGGUCGAGGAGAAGCGCUACUGGCCCAGGUGGAAGAAGGUGUACAGGUUCUUCUGCUGAGGGCGGGCCCCCGAGGGGAGGGAAUUGGUUCGGCCCUUUUAUUUUAAUU